ACACAGUCAGCCAGUCAGUCCAACAAGUUGUUUAGUGGAUUCUGUUGUGUUCACAUCGUUGCGGACAGCGUCGUAUUUCGGUAUUUCGUGUGCGACGGAUAUCUUCUUCGUUUAUUGUGCAUUUAAAUUCGAAAUAAAAAAAGAAUAAAGUACAAAAGUAUUUUGCAAUUUCUGUUGAGUUUUAACGAAGACAUUCUUUUAAUUGUUUUGCGUUUAUUGCCCCGUCUGACGAUUUGUCUACGCGCUAAUUUUUACGCCAGCUAGAAUUCGCUUUUUUAUCAAAUACCUACAGCAAAAAUACUAAAGCAGCUGUUAUUUAAUAUAAAAGUAGUUAAGUGUUUUCUUGAUGUGGAAGAGUGAAGAGUGCGAACGAAUGUGAAAUUCAUGAAAUCAAAUCGAAUAAUAGAAAAUAAAACAACAACAAUAACCACUGCGAAAUUACUAAAUCAGUAAGACAAACCUUAAUCACAUGCAUGCACACACAUACACACACAUUUAAGUCGAGAUUCCCCAUCUAACUACAAAAACAACAAAGAGAGUUACAUUGCAGCUUUUCGGUGGUAGUGUGUGAACAUCAUCAUCAUCGUCAUAUAACGAUAACAACAACAAAAACCACGAAUUUGGAUUUUGGGUGUUUUAUCAGAGCUUGGAGCCUAAACCAACAACAAUAGUAAAUACACGAAAAUCAACAACAAUAGCAACAAAAUGACGGAUAUAAACGAAUUAAUGGGAUCUGCCUUUGUGCGCGUAAAGCUGGUCGCGUUCGUCCACUUUAUAUUCAUAUCGAAUGCCAUGAUGGGCAUGUGGGGUCAUGGAGCCUAUGAGUUCUACAACUUCCUCUUCAUCAUAGCCAUGUUCUGGACGAUGCACAGUAAAGACUCGGUGGAAGCCAUACAAGCGGCCUUAAUAAUUGAUACGAGCAGUAUAUUCUUUGACAUGGUCACCAUUAUUAUCAUGUUUCACGCCAUGAAUGGCUGGGCCGUGGCGUUCUCAAUUAUCAAUCUGCUGAUUCGUCCUGUCAGUGUCAUCCUCUUGUAUCGCGAGUUCAAUACACGUGGCGGCAGUUUACAAACCGGAUCUGUAUUCCCCACCACAACACAACGCAGCUAUCAGGACAUUGAUAGGCCAACACAACCUGUGCCAACCAAUUCCCCACCAGGACCCAAUGUGGCCAGCAUUUUCUAAGUCAAAUUGAGUCCCGUCAAAUUGACGGGACCAAUGAAGGCGGCAUGGCAGUAACACUAACAAUUUCUUAGAUGUCAAUCAAUGAUAAUCUCUUUUUUUCUCCAAGCAUGCCCAUACAAAAGUCCGCAUAGUGUUGUAUAGUCUUGUACUGUAACUCGGUGACAUCUUCCAAAAAUUUGUAAUUUCUAUUUUUUUUUUAAUUAAUUAUUAUUACGUUUUGUUAAUACGUGUUUUGUUUUGUUGAACAAAAAAAUAAGAGAAAAUUUUUAAAUUCAUUUCUAGUUUCCAAUAUCUAUCAAUAAUUAAUUACUAUUUAUAUAUAAAUAAAAGAAAAACAUUCAAAAAUAAAUUUAAUUUAAAAUA